AUGGUGAGCACGCUGGCUCAUGGGCUGUUGUUGAUUGCGCUGGUGGUGGCCACCAACGCGCAGGGCUUCCACGGUGCCGCCUGGGAACAGAAAAGCAGCCCAGACAAGCAGGACAUGCUGUGGAAAGCCACCGUGGCUGACACCAAAUCCAAUGAGUGGCCCAACGUUCUUGAGGAGGCCUUGCUGUUGGUUGAACAGAUGAACCUCACCUUCGACUCUGUCGAUUGGGACGAGUUCAUGCCCAAUGAGAUCAAGACGUGGCCUUACAAGACCGGAUAUGCCCGUACCAAGCUCAUCCACUCCCAAGGUGUUGUAGCACUUGUGAGUUGGAAAAGCCUGGGGAACCACAACUACACGGGCUUGUUCCAAGGCGCGACCCACGGCCUGAUGCGGCUUUCCCUGGCUGGCCCGCCUGACACGAGCGCAGAUAGCCCCAACAUGGGUCCUGGUGUGGCAUUCAAGUUCUUGAGGGACGGCAUGCCAGCUUCGCAGGUCAUCGCCAUGUACCAGCUCGGAGGACAGAGCAGCUUCAACUUCUUCGAGCACGACCUGACCAACCACGUGCCGGACCUUGGCACCAGCGCGCCUUUCAAACUGAGAGUGAUUCGGGAGACUUUUGCGGCGGCUUCCAACUGGCCCACUAUGAUUGGAGUGAGUGAGUUUGCCAGCUUCACUCAGAGUGGCGCGGCAGUGCCCAGCCCCAACGCCCCCUUCCGUGUGGUGUUCCAUCCCACCACAGCCUAUCAUCAAAAAUUCAACAACACAACGCCAAAGCCCGACAUUCUCGCUGACGUUGGCCAGGCAUUGAUCCCUGGCUCGACGGUGUACGAAGUGUGGGCGCAAGACAGCCCCUACAACGAUCCCAACGACCCCCAGCUCAUCGGCACCCUCGUGCUCAACUCCAAGGGCUUCACGUCGAUGUUUGGCGACAAGACGCUGUUCAUGCGCCACGUGCGCAUGGAGGAUGACCUGGCACUGAAGCCCCAGUGGGUGGCAGGAGCGCAGGCCAUCAUCAACAAUCAACAGAGCGUGCCCCAGUACCACUUCCAGGACCUCCCCUGGCAGUGA